UUUUCUUCGAGUUUGCAUUUAUGACUAUUGCAUGCAGAAGUGGGAAUGUGAUCUUAUAAUUUUUCAUGUGCCGAGUUUUGAAUGCAUGUCGACAAACAAGCUCGUACUUCAAAAUUCAACGACAGACAAGUACAAAUCUUUUCUGGUUUGGCCCCUUUGGAAGAUUGUCCGAAAAUUUCGCAUUUUGGAGAAAAUCUUGUGCGAAGCACGAGAUACGUAGUGAGAAUUUAUUCUUUGAAGCUAAAGGAGCUUUAACUAACGACUGAGGGUCGAGAGCGAGUGGACCAGUUUCCUAUAUCGACUUUUAAAUAUAAGUACAACUAAGAUGAAUUUACAACUACCAAAUUAUACUUUGCUGGAUGCUGAUAGAACGAAAGAGAUGUUGAAGCUUUUUAAGGGUGUAUGAGCCGGAUGUGUGCAAGUUGGAGAGAAGAAGUAGUUUUUCCCCCGUAUGUACAUAAAAGAAGCGGAGGAAUUUUACAAUUUCAAGCCUAAACCUUCGGACACUUGGAUAAUUUCUUAUCCGUGGUCAGGUGUUCGCUGCCUACUUUGAAUAACUUUUUUAUACUUUUACCAGGCGCAGCCUGCUGCAUAAUUCAGAAGUAAUUGAGGAAUUUGUUACAAUGGAUGAGGGAAACGUGGAAAAACGUGUGGUGCGUGAAACUUUUACGAGACCUGCUUACGAAGUUUUAGGGGGUCUAUCAACCCCUAGAUUUAUUCAAUCACAUUUUCCUCUUAGUCUUAGACCAAGUAUUUUGGAUUCUGGAUGUAAGUGAACCAGUUUCCUAUAUCGACUUUUACUUGUACGUACAACUAAAAUGAAUUCACAACUACCAAAUUAUACUUUACUGGAUGCUGAUAGAACAAAAGAGAUGUUGAAGCUUUUUAAGGGUGUAAGAGCCGGAUGGGUGCAAGUUGGAGAGAAGAAGUGGUUUUUCCCCUAUACGUACACAAAAGAAGUGGAGGCAUUUUACAAUUUCAAGCCUAGACCAUCGGACACUUGGAUAAUUUCUUAUCCGCGGUCAGGUACGACCGUGAUGCAAGAACUUAUUUGGCUUUUAAGUAAUAAUCUAGAUUUCGAAACAGUUAGGAAGACGAAACUUACUGAAAGAUUUCCAUUUCUCGAGCGCAGCCUGGUAAAUAAUCCAGAAGUAAUUGAGGAAUUUGUUACAAUGGAUGAAGGAAACGUAGAAAAACGUGAGGUGUGUGAAACUCUUACGAGACCUGCUUAUGAAGUUUUAGAGGGCCUAUCUACCCCUAGAUUUAUUCAAUCACAUUUUCCUCUUAGUCUCAGACCAAGCAUUUUGGAUUCUGGAUGUAAGAUCAUUUACAUAGCGAGAAAUCCAAAAGAUGUAGUGGUUUCUUGGUAUAAAAUGAAUAAAUUCACAGUGACUCAUGGAUAUAUAGGUGACUUUUCAACUUUCUGGAAUUUGUUCAAAAAUGAUCUUACUAUAUGGAGUCCAUAUUGCGAACAUGUGAAAGAAGCCUGGGCUCGGAGAAAUCACCCAAAUUUCUUAUUUAUUUUUUACGAGGAAUUGAGUGUUGAUUUGCUUUCUGUAUGUAAAAAGGUGGCCAAUUUCUUAGGGAAGAACUACAGUGAAAAUCAGUUAACCGAGUUGCUGAAUCACUUAAGCAUAGAGAAAUUCCGAAAAAAUCCAAUGGUCAAUUUAAAUGAUCUUUAUGAGUGUGGAAUAUUUUCAAGCCGUCAAUUUUUCAUCGGAAAGGGGAAGACUGGGCAUUGGAAGGAAUUCUUCAGUGCAGAUAUGGAAAAAGAAGCUGAUGAAUGGAUUGAACAAAAUUUAAAAGAUACUGAUCUGGUCUUCCCCACAACCAUAAUGAAAGGCAAUUGCUAUUAAUUGAAUUUUGAAUUAAAGUCAUU